AUGUUCAAGGCCAAGGUGUCCACUCACAUGGAGGUGGCGGUGCCUCCAGAUCAGGCAGCUGCAGAUCCUAGGGAUCAUAGUAAAGGUCUGUUUGAUGAGAAGGUUCCUGCACAAGAAAUUGUUCCUUCUCCCAAACUCUUUCAGGAUGUGGUCCAACGCCAGUGGGUCCAGCCUGGCACCCUGGCCACCCUUGUUGAUAACCCUGUGCCUCUGGGGGAAGAAUUCGGGUCCUGGAAAACAGGUGCAGAACUUCUUGAUGAAUUUAGUGACCAAUCUUUGUCACAUAUGUGUCCCGAAAUCAAACCCAAACCCAGGACAUUCUCCCGCCAAAGAUUGCCCAAUCAGAUGCUUUUUUGUUAUACACAGAAGAUCACAGAAGGCAUGGAACCGGAUGUAACUUUGGACUGUUUGGGCUAUGAAUGGGAACUUCAUCGAAUGUAUUUAUUUAAAUCCCAUGUCCUUUCACAACUUCUUGCUGAAGCUGUACAGGAUAGCUACUCCCCAAACACAAGAAGUAUAUUGAAAUCUAAAAAAGGAACCCGUUGUUAUAAAUGCUGCCUACUACUUGGUCAUAAGCAUGAUGAAGUCUGCCAACAGAAGGAAAAAUUGCCAAAAGUCAAUAUUGCUCUGAAGAUUAGUGAUGAAGAUGUCACCCGUUUUGCCUUUGCUGUUGCCCUCAAGUACAUGUACAAUUCUGAAUCAGAAGUGAAUGAAGAAGAUGUUCUAGGAAUUCUGGCUGCCGCAGAAGUGUUACAGUUCCCUAGCCUUUUCCUAAAGUGCAUCCAGGUCAUGAAAAACAGCAUCUGUCCCAUCAAUGUCUGUAGCUAUUAUACUGCAGGCUGCAAGUAUAAGCAACCUUCCUUGAUCGCUGUCUGUGAAAGAUGGACUGAGGUAAACCUUGUCCCACAGCUUGGCACCCAUAUAUCUCUGCGGGACCUGCCACUGGAGCUGCUACAGAAAGUGCUCAAAUCUCCAAGGUUGUUUACCAUCAAUGAAUUCUACCUCUUGAGAACUGCACUAUACUGGGUAUUCCUGCAGCAAAAUCCCAAAAUUCAGAUAAUCCCAUCUUAUGAUACUAUCCUCACAUAUUUUAGCAGUUUACCCAAGACCUGUGCCUUCUUGGAAAGGGAAGAAGGACAGCACUACAUGGCUAUUUUUCAGUCUCUCCGUUUACAUGGCAUUACUUCAAGUAAGCUUACCUUUUUCUGUGAUUAUUCAGCUGAUCUAAAUUUUGUGCUAGAGAAUGGUGGUGACAUGGCCUUUCAGACAGACUUUAACACCCAAGCGGUGAGAUUUGGUCUUAUGCUCAAGGAGGAACCAAGAUAUCACGCAGAAGUCAUUUCCAUUUAUGGAUUCUUCUUCGAGCUAAAAGCAGUAAAACAUGAUGCUUCAGCAUACAGUUUUUACAUGAAAAGAAUCAGACAUGCAGAUCCAAUUAUAUCUUAUUUUACGGCUGACCGCAGUCCUGUCAAUUUACAGAAAGAACGAGAAGUUAAGUAUGAAAUAAAAGCACAGUGCCAGAUAGAUGGAAAGUGGGAAGAAUUCACCACAGAAAGGCUGACUCAAAACUUUGGAGUUAAGAAACCUUCUUCUAAAAGCAAGGUGAGGAAAAACCAAAAGAAAUUUACUAAUUACUUGAAAACAUGUUCGGUGAUAAACAGUGGAAUGAGGAUAAAGCUUCAGUAA